GGCUCCCCAGCGAGGCGGUGCGGGUGAGGCUCCCGGCCCCACCCACGGGGCGGGGCUCCGGCUCGGUCCGACCAUUACCCGCGGUGGGGGAGGGGGAUGGAUCACGCUACGCGCCAAAGGCAACCGCGACUCUCCUUCUGCGGGCAGCCUGGAAGGCUCUUUCUGUUUCUCUACGCCACCCUUUUCGUGGCACUGAAAAGCCCCGUCCUCUCCUCCCAGUCUCGCAUCCUUCGAGCGCUCCCCCCACUGCCUGGAAUGGUGCGGUCCCAGGUCGCGGGUCACGCGGCGGAGGGGGGCGUGGCCUGCCCCCGGCCCAGCCGGCUCUUCUCUGCCUCUGCUGGAGUCCGGGGAGUGGCGUUGGCUGCUGGAGCGAUGCUGGGCCGGAGUCGCGUCGCCUUAGUCCUCCUGGCUGCAGCCGUCAGCUGUGCCGUCGCUCAGCACGCGCCGCCGUGGACAGAGGACUGCAGAAAAUCAACCUAUCCUCCUUCAGGACCAACGUACAGAGGUCCAGUUCCAUGGUACACCAUAAAUCUUGAUUUACCACCCUACAAAAGAUGGCAUGAAUUGAUGGUUGACAAGGCUCCAAUGCUAAAGGUUAUAGUGAAUUCUCUGAAGAAUAUGAUAAAUACAUUCGUGCCAAGUGGAAAAAUUGUGCAGGUGGUGGAUGAAAAAUUGCCUGGCCUACUUGGCAACUUUCCUGGCCCUUUUGAAGAGGAAAUGAAGGGUAUUGCCGCUGUUACUGAUAUACCUUUAGGAGAGAUUAUUUCAUUCAAUAUUUUUUAUGAAUUAUUUACCAUUUGUACUUCAAUAGUAGCAGAAGACAAAAAAGGUCAUCUAAUACAUGGGAGAAACAUGGAUUUUGGAGUAUUUCUUGGGUGGAACAUAAAUAAUGAUACCUGGGUCAUAACUGAGGAGCUAAAACCUUUAACGGUGAAUUUGGACUUCCAAAGAAACAACAAAACUGUCUUCAAGGCUUCAAGCUUUGCUGGCUAUGUGGGCAUGUUAACAGGAUUCAAACCAGGACUGUUCAGUCUUACACUGAAUGAACGUUUCAGUAUAAAUGGUGGUUAUCUGGGUGUUCUCGAAUGGAUUUUGGGAAAGAAAGAUGCCAUGUGGAUAGGGUUUCUCACUAGAACAGUUCUGGAAAAUAGCACAAGUUAUGAAGAAGCCAAGAAUAUAUUGACCAAGACCAAGAUAUUGGCCCCAGCCUACUUUAUCCUGGGAGGCAACCAGUCUGGGGAAGGUUGUGUGAUUACACGAGACAGAAAGGAAUCAUUGGAUGUGUAUGAACUCGAUGCUAAGCAGGGUAGAUGGUAUGUGGUGCAAACAAAUUAUGACCGUUGGAAACAUCCCUUCUUUCUUGAUGAUCGCAGAACGCCUGCAAAGAUGUGUCUGAACCGCACCACCCAAGAGAAUAUCUCAUUUGAAACCAUGUAUGAUGUCCUGUCAACAAAACCUGUCCUCAACAAGCUGACCACAUUCACAACCUUGAUAGAUGUUACCAAAGGUCAAUUCGAAACUUACCUGCGGGACUGCCCUGACCCUUGUAUAGGUUGGUGAGCACACGCCUAGCCUACAGAAUGCAGCCUCUGAGACAUGAAGACACCGUCUCCAUGUGACCGAAUACUGCAGCUGUCUGACCUUCCAAAGACUAAGACUUGGGGCAGCUUCUCUUUGGGUCACAAGCUUGUCUUCCUCCAUCUGUUGACAAUUGACAGACUUUUUUUUUUCCCCCUUUCCCCUUUUUUCUUAUUUACGGAUAACUUCUUUAGGGAAGGUAAAACAAUCAUCUAGAAUUCAUUGAGUUUUGUUUCAGUUUGACAUUUGGGAAUCUGGUGGGCAGUUGAACCAUGGUGAGCCCCACCUCCGUAGAAUCAAUGGAGAUUCAGUGGGGGUAUUGAAUCCAGCACAUCUGUGUGAGUAACGGAACGGUAAACACUCCACAUUCUUCAGUUUUUCACUUUUACCUACAUAUUUGUCUGUUUUUCUAUAUAACACCCUUUCCCUCUGGUUCUAACUACUGUUAAAAUUAAUAUACCAUUAUAUUAGCUGUUAUUGACAGUGAUAUAAUUUUAUUACAUAUGAUUAGAGGGAUGAGACAGACAUUCACCUGUAUGUUUCUUUUAAUGGGCCCUUGCCUCUAAAUGGCACUUUUUGGGAUUCAAGAAGUAAUGAGUAUGCAAGGCAGUCUUUUAUACAAUAAUUGAAGUGUUCCCUUUUUCAUAAUUACUCCACCUCCAAGUAACCCUAAGGAAGUUGGUAACUUAAAAAACUGCAUCCCAGGUUCUGUGAAUUUAGUAAACAAACAAGUCAAAGACUUGUGGAGAAUAGGAAGUGAACGCAUAUUUUAAAUUCUUAUAAGUAGCAUUCAUGUAAUAAACAAGUUUUUAGUUUGUUCUUCAGAUGGACAUGUAGUUUUAAAGAAAUUUUAGUAGUUACUAAAAUUAUGUUACUUUCUUUUUCAGAAAUCAAACUACUUAUGAAAAGUACUAAUAGAACUUGUUAACCUUUCCAACCUUCACGAUUAACUGAAAUGUCUGCCAUUUAUGCAAGGCCAUGUGUCCACUUCAUUUUGUAUAAUCACAGUUGUGUUCCUGACAUUUAAUAAACAGUCAUUGGAAAGAG